AUACGAAUACAGAGAGAAGACAAUAAUGAUUAGAAAGAAUAAGAUUAGGUUAGAAAUGGUGUAAUUAAGGAAUAUAAUUAAAUUGAAGAGAUUAGCUUUAUUACCAAAUACACACACCACCCCACUAAAGAGAGAAUACAGCAAAUCGUCUCUUUCCGCCAUUAAAACAACAAACACCUUCCUUCCUUCCUUCCCAAAAAAGCUUCAAACUUUCUCUAAACCCCCAAAUCAGCAAAAAUAGGGUUAAUCGAAGAACCCCACCUUAAUCCAACCGAGGAGGAUUCGAGUUCCUGCUUUGGUUUAAGGAGGAAGAAGAAGAGCAAAUACCACAAGGAAGAGGAGAAGAAACCAAAGAUGACUCAGAGUCAAACCAACGACGGACCUGUUACGACGGUUGAAGAGUCAGCGGCUCCUCCUCCUCAGACUCAGACUCAGCAGAGCAACGAUAUGGUUCUUCAUACGGGGAGUUUGAGUUUUAGUAGCCAUAUGUCGAGAGAAGACGAAGAGAUGACUCGUUCUGCUCUUUCUGCUUUUAGAGCUAAAGAAGAUGAGAUUGAGAAGAGGAGGAUGGAAGUUCGUGAACGGAUCCAAGCUCAGUUGGGUCGGGUCGAACAAGAAACCAAACGUCUCUCUUCUAUUCGUGAGGAGCUUGAGUCUAUGGCAGAUCCUNUUAAGGAAUAUAAUUAA